ACGACAUCAGUAUCGCUACGGUUAUUGAAAACGUUAACAUGAGUUUCAAAGACAAGGUUGUCAUAGUUACCGGAGGUGGCUCCGGCAUAGGAGCGGCGACAGCAGAGUUGUUUGCUAAAGAAAAAGCUUGUGUGGUAAUAGUUGGAAGAAAUCCAGACAAAUUGAAGAAAGUAGCUGAACGCUGUGAAAGGCUUUGCGCACCAACACUUAUCGUGAAAGCAGACCUAACCAAAGAUGAAGAUCUUAGAGAAAUCGUGACAGAAACAAUCGAUAGAUUUGGACAAAUCGAUGUACUCGUCAACAACGCUGGGAUGGCUAACUUUGGAUCUAUCCUUGAUGAGCACCUGAUGGAAGGAUUCGAUACAGCAAUACAAACAAAUCUUCGAGCUCCUGUGUAUUUAUCACACUUAGUAGCUCCUUAUCUUAUAAAAACGAAAGGGAAUAUAGUGAAUGUGUCUAGUACUUAUGGAACUUCACUGUUAGGUAAUCCCAACUUCUUGUCGUACUGUGUAUCUAAGGCUGCUUUGGAUCACUUUGGUCGUGGUGCUGCAUUGGGUCUGCUGUCAUCUGGAGUGAGAGUGAAUACUGUCAGUCCAGGGCCUACAAGAACUGAGAUUAUAGAAACUGCAGGCUUGCAGGUGUCCUGGGAAGAAACCAGUAAAGCCAUGAAGAUCAACCGAGUGUCAGAGCCUCAUGAGAUUGGUGAUCUUAUCGUAUUCCUUGCUAGUGAUAAAGCGAAGAGUAUAACUGGUGCUAAUUAUGUCAUUGACAACGGAUCUUUGGUCGCUAAUUGAUUUUGUCAAGAGUAAUUCAAUAUGUGUUGUGUUUUGAGAAAUAUAUUUAUCGCAUCUUAA